CGCCAGACCCUGCCUGGAUGUCCAGAUGGCUUCGGUGCAUUCUAAUGUCAGCGUUCUGAACUCUGAAACCCGCCCCGCCGGGCUUGCAUCAGCGCAGAUGUGCAGAUUGGCAGGAGCUGCAGGCAGAGCUGGCUGAGUUCCAUGUCACGCCAAGAGCCCAAGCCUGGAGACCUGAUCGAGAUUUUUCGCAUUGGCUAUCAGCACUGGGCCAUCUAUGUGGGCGACGGUUACGUGGUCCAUCUGGCUCCUCCAAGUGAGUACCCCGGGGCUGGUAGCUCCAGCGCCUUCUCCGUCCUGAGCAGCAGGGCGGUGGUGAAACUGGAGCGCCUGGAGGACGUGGUGGCGGGCUGUCGCUACCAGGUCAACAACCACCGGGACAGCACGAGCAGACCACGGCCUGUGCAGGACAUCAUCAAAUCUGCGAGGGAGAUGGUGGGCGAGGAAAUGGAGUAUAGUAUUGUGAGCAAGAACUGUGAGCACUUUGUCACCAAUUUGAGAUACGGCAAGCCCUGCUGCAGGCAGGUGGAAAGAGCCAAGCAUCACGUGGUGGGAGGAGGCAGUGCCAUCUUGCUGGGAGUGCUGACUGUGGCUGGGUACACCAUUUUCAAUAGGAGACGCCAAAACCAGUGACAGCCUGGAGCAGCCACAGAAUCCAUGCUAGAAGCAGCUGUGGAGGUCCCCGGGAGAGGGACGCGACAUCACUCUCUGUGUCAUACUCUCUCUAGUUCCUUUCCUCUCUCACUGUCCCCCUCUCAUGGGCUAAAGGAUGGUCUCACUGUCACAAAACUCAAGAAUCAAUAAACGUGCCUACCUGUCCCUUCA